GUGUUGCUCUAUCGAAUAAAAUUCCUUCAAAAUACAUAAAAAGUUUGUGGCGGUAACACAAUGUGAAAAAGUUCAACCAGAAUAAAUAGUUUCAGAAUGCACAGGAUGUACUGUAAUAAAUAAUGUUGCUUAAUAAUGUAAUAUUGCUUUUGCCGUGUUACUUGGAUGACUGUCUGUAUUACCAGCUGGUAUAAGAACGGACCAUUUUUGGCUUCUGUUAAAAAGCUGUUGCUGUAGUUCAUAACCGAUGGCUUUGAGUGGAUGAGUCGGAUUUAUUGACAGCUGUAUGUUUCUGUGUGUAUGUUGCACAGCGUAAUAAAUUUUGCAGCACAGAAUCAAAUACGUUAUAGUCUACAGCCUCUCAGACAGGACGACUGGGACCAGAAUCAUUGCAUAUUUUUCAUUUAAGUCCAGUCUUUAAUAGAUUCAACUAGGCAAGCCAGAUUUUUUGUCUAGAACCCCCUGAGCAUGUUAGUUUAAGCAUCAGAAAACCAGGAAGAGGAAGAACAGGGUGACGUUUUUAAUGGCGGGAUAAGAAACAAUGCCUGGAAAUACACAUGUUUUCUUGUUCUAUUUAUCUAGACCUGGCUUAAACUUUUCCAUACUGAGUAGGAACUUCGUUUCACGCAAUUAACCGGGAGUCUUCAGUGCAGAGCAGCCAGCCUACCUCAGUGGGAGUGGCUCAGUUCAGGAGGCAGAAACUCAAAGGGCAAAUUAAAUAGUCAUGACACAGAGAUAGACAGGUAGAGCAGGUUGACUUUUUUAUUCAGCUUUAGUUUGUAAGCACAAUGUGGGCUCUAAAUGAAGAAGAAAAAAUGGACACAUCUGACACUCCGUGGUAUUGGUAUUAUCUGGAAGACUGUGGGAGGUGGCACAGAGUUGAGGAUGAUCCCAACAACUCCAUUAAGAGUCAGGACAUGGAGGAAUAUUAUUUGAGAGACUCAAAAGGCAGUAUGAACGUAAAUAUGUUGAACUUCCGAAGCAAGAUUGAUUUUUCAGCGAUGUUGCAGACCGACCUCACCACGGGAAAACAAAGGAGAAUCCAACGCAAAUUUAAUCUUGAGAAAAGCUGUUCCUGUUUCUGUGGACCGCCUGUUUUCUGGGAAAACUUUGAUCCUACAGCUCCUUACCAGGUGAGGAAAAAAGACAAAUAAAUGGCUUCCUGACAUUAAAGCAUUUUCCUGCACAUUAUCUCUAAAUCAGAAAAAA